CCUGAUUGUUGAGCAGGUCUAAAUGUUUGUGGAUUCUUCUAUGACCAUCUGCGGAAAACUUCGGAGCUAUGAGCGCCAGAACCGCUCGAGAAAUCUUCGAAGAUGCAAGAUUGACUUUCUUGCAAUCCCUUUCCCCUGAUGAACGCCUUCACUUGACGUCAUAUACAACGAUCGAAGGAAUCCUUGCCGGGCUAGACGGGCAGACUCACGCGGUCGCCAAUUCAAGGUCGUUUCGAAUCGGCGGCAAAGUUCUCACCCUUAUCAAAGAAUUCGGGGAUGGCCUCAAGUCGUAUUUCGAUAUCAUCGACAUCUUUAAUCAGAUUGACCCGCAGUACUCAGCAAUAGUGUGGGGCUCGCUACGACUUAUCAUUCAGCUUGCAACAAACUUUGCGACAUUUCUUGACAAGUUAUCUAAAGUCUUGGAGAGACUUCGAUUCGCCCUGGCAUUCGGUAAGGAUGUGCUCGCUGAAGCAACCAAGGUGCAACAUUCUCCUUCAGCACAACGAGUUGCCGCUUCGCUUGGCGAAAUCUAUCGGGCAUUACUCUCAUUCUUUCGGGAUGUGUUUCGGAUUUUCCGGAAAAAAGAUGGCAGUUCUGGCUCCAAGACAGUCCUCAUGGGCAAACUUAUGUGGAGACCUUUUGAUGAGAGAUUCCAGGAUACUCUAGCAGCUAUGACGAUGUACUACACCCGGGUCAAAGACGACCUUCUCCUUAUUCUUGCCCAGCAGUCUGGACAGUCUACCGAGCGAUUGGCCGAGGAGAUAAUCAGGGCAUCGGGAGCCAACAAUCCUGCUCGUGAAGAGCUCAGGGACAUCCGAGAGAGCAAUUCCAAUAUAUUGAAACAGCUUCAAGACACUGCAUUCGACCGCGUACUGAAAUGGAUUCAGCCACCUGAGUUUAAUUCAGAACUCAUCCAGUCACGAGACUUACUGGAGAACGACACGACCAAUUGGAUAUAUGAUGACAAGGCAUUCAUAGAGUGGAUGCAUGCAGAAUCGACAGCGCCGCCAGGCAGCGUAGAACGUCCCAAGAGCUUCGGCACGAAUUCUCUUUGGAUCAACGGGAAUCCAGGGGUUGGGAAGACUAUCCUUGCAGCAUCUGUUGUCACCAAGUUACGGAAUGGAUACUGCGAUGGUUAUAUACUUUACUUCUUCUUUGCAGCAAGCUCGCCGACCAAGACCCAGACAAUUUCAGCGCUGCGUGCUCUCCUGGCUCAGCUUUUGCAACAUCGGAGAUCUGAGCAGCAAAUUCUUGACAGAUUUCUGUUUAUGAUGGAGGGCCUCUCGGGGGGUCAGCUUACUUCAACCAUAGACGACCUAAUGGACCUUUUGCGCAUAUGCUUAGAGGAGCAAGGCACGACUUGGAUGAUUAUCGACGCAAUUGACGAAUGCGAUGACAACAACAGUCUCCUAAAGCAUCUCCUGACUCUAUCGGCGAUUAAAACUACCAAAUUACUCAUGCUCAGUCGACCGAAUGUUCGGGGACUCAUGAAAUCAACUUGCAAGCAACUUCGCCUGAGAGAAAAUAAGCCGGCAUUGUCCCGAGACAUUCGGAUCUACGUAUCGCGUCUGAUCAACGAGCUAGUCGACGAUGGAGAGCUUGUUGCCGACGAAGACGACAUGCCAAACCUAAUCGACAGGCUUGUACUUGGCGCUGAUGGUAUGUUUUUGUGGGCUCGACUGAUGAUGAGCUAUCUCGCGUCACCCCUUCUAAGCCCACACUCAAGAAUGCAGACGAUUCUCAACGUCGUACUCCCUGAGGGACUUGAAGAGAUGUACGACAGAAUCUUGCGGGCUAUCCUCCGAGGCGGAACCACCCAGCAGCUUCUGGCGCGACGCGUAUUUACAUGGCUGAUGCACUCUGUCGCUCCACUUAGUAUUCAGCAACUCCAUGAUGCCAUUGUGGUUGAGGAAGCACAAAACUCAGUGAUCCACGAAACAAGCAACUACACUGACUUUGCGCAGACUAUUCUGAUAGCAUGCGGCAGCCUAGUAGAACAGCGUUAUGAGGACCCAAGCAAGCCAACAAAAAUGGUCGUCAAGUUUAUUCACAUUUCAGUCGCUGAGUACUUCAACUACCUGGCGUCCAACCCUGAGCAGAAUCAAUAUUUGGUGGUCAAAGGGAGUAGCAAGGCCUUUCUCUGCGACAAACCCCUGGCAAGCAUGGUCAUUGCCAAGAACUGCUUGCUGUAUCUGACCUAUCAUUUUCCAGCACAGCCUCUUUCAGGACUAGUGACUGAGAAUGUUGACCAUGACCAGCUCUCCGCGAGCUUUCCCCUCGCUCCUUACGCAGUUUGCUAUUGGGCCCAGCACCUUCUCUCAUCAACUGAGCCUUCCAUCAAUAAAUCAGACACAGAAAGUGAAUUUGUCGUUCUUGCCGAGGUGAUUGCGGCGUUCUUGUCGAAGCCUACAGUCCUGACGACAUGGAUACAGGCAUUCUAUAUCUUCUCAAACCAAUUAAAUCUGGGCCUGCCGUCAGACGAGUUGGUGACGUGGUCCGACUUUGCUAGGGGGAAGACAGUUCUUUGUCCGGCUCUAUCUGACUUCCCCAAACUAUGCAGUGAUAUGCUAGAGUUUGGCCAGGAGUUGUCCACGCUUAAGAAGGAGUGGGCAGACAACCUGCGGAAGUCGCCUGUUCUGAUCUGGAAUGAGGUGACGGCAUUUACGAAGUGUCGGUUUCUCGUCGAGACUGAACUCACAAAAGCUAUUCCUUUGGCUGCCGGUGAGCCUGAGACGACCAAGGGGAGCUCAAAACGUCUUUGCUCAAUUUCAACCAUGUCACCAUGUGGCACCUUCAUAGCCAUUCUCGCAAUUUGGCCAUCAAGCCUAUUUGAAUACGUGUGGGAGGACAUGGACGUUCUUGUCACCGCGCAUGAGCUUAGGGAUAUUUGCAGUGGCUGGGUAUGCCGUUAUGAAGCCUUUUCCACCCACGUCGAACCCAGGCGGCUUUUUGAGAUUCAAAUUCCUCUUGACUCUGACGAGAUAUGGCUUCUCAUGAGACAAUCGCUUAUAAGAGAUUCCACCGGAUGGCGGAUAGCGUUCCCGGUUAGUAUAAGCGAAGAUGCAAGGUCCUUCACUGUCCUUCGAACGCUCUUUCGGAUCCAGAGCGAGAAAUAUCGGUCAGAAAUCACAUACAAGUCCUUCGCCAUCGACACAAAUUUCUCGCCGGGGCUCAGGAAAGCCUGGUCCGAGUGCAGAUCGAUGCCUGACAUACAGGGAUACCACCGAAUCUACACCUAUUCGUUCCAUUUUGGCGCUGGAGGGCGACUAUUCUUCUCAGACUAUGAGCACGCAAAUUCCAACCACUUCGCCAUCUUCAAUCAGAUAUCUACUGCGGGUGAAGUCGAGCUCGUUAGGUUCGCUGUGGGGAAUGGAACACAACCACUCAUAACCAAGGUCGCCUUCCACUCCAGCGAACCAUUAAUGGUUCUCAUGAAUGACUCGGUUCAAGUGUGGAAUUACGACGAAAACUGCAUGAGCAACCUUGUGACACCGAGCUUUCUAAUUCGAAGUAUCUGCAUUUCGUCAUGUGGAAGAUUCGCUGUGCUCAACGGCGAUUCCCAGACUCAGGUCGUCUCAUUAGAGGACUUCAUCAAAUCAUCGGUUGCAAUGCAGUCAUCAACCUCGGAACCACCCGCAACGUCAGCCGCAAGUCAGGAGAUCCUCCCCUUUAACAUGCACCCAGGCCAAACCCUCAAGUCCUCAUCCACCUACGUCGCAGGAAAUACUGCUUCUGGGACGGUGUCUGUGGUCGGAAAAUCGGGAAGCGUCCAUCUCGUGCACAACACCACAAAAGGAGAAGAAUCAAUCCCCGUCGUUUCUCUGCCCCGACGGCGUGAAAUGGUACAGGCGCAAGUAGAUCUCAAGCUCCCGGCUUCCUCGGAUCCGUUCUACAGCAUUGUGAUAAACAACGUCGCGCAACCUUGGUACAAUUUCUCGCAGCCAUCUGACGAGCACUUCCCGCUGUUGGUUCGUCGCGAUCCGAGAGUUGUAAUGUGGCAAGGCAGAGGAGCAGGGUAUAAUGGUGAGACUGACGGGGAGUUAAGUAGUGGUGGUCCUUCAUAUCGCAAGAAGUUGGAUUGGAGCAGCCCGGCCGCGUGAAUGCCAUGGUGGAGAAAUUGAGAACUGGACGAAAGGUAUUGUCAUGCCAAGUAUCUCCUAUACGAAGAUAUCAGUGGACUGCCACCUGGGAAGUUGCAUGACUGUGGAGGCCAUUUUCAAUGCAAAGGUUACCGACAGCCUACCAAUCUCUGGAACAGGAAGCUCACGGAUCUAAAGAAGUUCUAUAUUAG